AUCUGUCUGUUUUUCUUUGCUACUGAUGUUGCUGUUUCUCCUUGUUCAAUGAUGAUACUGGGGCUGCAUGUUUCUCUUUCAUCUCAAUUUUAAAUUUUUCCUUUGCAUUUAUUUUUUUACUGUUCAAAUAUCUAUAUAUCUAUAUAUAUUUUUUUGUUUCUUCUAUUUUUUGAGUUUUCACAAAUAUCUUUAUACAAAAUACCUACUUUCAUUUAUUUAUUUAAACACACAUACGCAAGAGAUGUGCAAGACAAAAGAAACACCCUGCCAUGACGCUCACUACGACUACCAGGUGCAGAAUCAGGAUCAGCGCCCGGUUAUUCGACCAAACCUGAAGGUCUACCAUUGCCCGUACUGCCCAGAGUACUUUGCACUGGACGUGUAUCAGAUCGACCACCACAUACUCCGACUCGAAACGCUCUCCCACAAACGACUGGCAAUCGACGCAUCCAUAUGGCUCUACCAACUUCUCAAAGCAAUGAAAGAUGACGAAGGAAACCCCCUGGAUGACGCGCAUAUCCUUGGGUUCUAUCGGCGAAUCUGCAAGCUACUCUACUACGAUAUCCGGCCGGUAUUUGUUUUUGAUGGCGAGGGUCAAGAUGCGAAGCGGGCGGCAAGGCUUUUGUUGCAGACACAGAUUAAGCUGCACGCGAUUAGUGGUGGGUCAGCGGUGGCAGCGGCGACUUUGGGUACAAACGCAAGCCCCGAGAAGAAGCGCAAGCGCGACGAAUACGAGCUACCACCAAUGCACGAAGACGUUCUCUCGACACGCACGGCCAAUGAGCGCGACCUACGCAUGGCGCACCCCGAGGAUCUCCAGCAGCUGGUCGAUCUAGCUACGCGUUACCCGGACACCUUUGGCAGUAACCUUGGCGACAUCGACAUCGACAUAGACUCGGCUGAGUUUCAAGCGCUAUCCGCCGAAGACCAACACGAUAUCAUUGUUGCGUUGAAAGUGCGCUCUCGUCAGACCUCCCAUGAUCGGCUCCAGCGUAUGCUGGGGUCUUCUGGGAAUGCGCUUGACUUUAGUAAGCAGCAGAUUGAGUUGCUUGUUAAGCGCAAUACGUUGACACAGCAGUGGCUGCAGGUCACAGGGAAUGCCCAUCGGGCUAUGGGGGCGGCAGUGGGUGGAGGUGGGAAGGUUGCCCGGGGGAGGGUUAUUGGAGAGAGGAGCCGGGAGUAUGUUUUGAUCAAGGGCGAUGAUCCGGCUGGAGGAUGGACACUCAAGAUGGGAGGAGGCGGUCAGAGCGGAGGUCCGGAGCCGGGCGAUAAAAGGAACCCGAUAGCCGUGGUGGACAGCAGCAGCAGCAUUGAUGGCGGAUCGGAUGAGUCUGAUGAUGAGUUGUUCGAGGAUGUUUCGCCGGCGCGUAUUGGGGGACAGCUAGCAUUGCGGACCGCUUCUCCCUACGCAGAUCCUCGCUCCGGCGCUGACCGAGAUAUCCGCCAAGACGCACUCGAGCGCGAACUAGUGUCAGACGACCAGCCGCUAUUACAGCCAAAGCAGCAGCAGUAUUAUCAGUUACAGCAAUCGAUUAUCGCCAAGCAUUCACAUGUUGCCGGUGUGCAAGCGCCAGGGGGCUUUGGGUCGGAGCCUGUGGACCUAGAUGCGCUUUCCAGCGACGAAAGCGGCAGUUUCAUCUACACCAACACUAACAGCGACAUCCACGAAAUUGGAUCCAGCUCUCCCUCCUCCGAAUACAACAACAACCAGGGCCAUGACCAUGACCAUGACCAUGACCAUGACACGUACAUGCAGGAAGCCGAGCAACACGCGCAGGAGGCAGCUAUGAGAGAUAGCGAGCACAAGCAGCAGCAGUUGAUCAUGGAACUGACGGCAGAAGAGUUUCUGGACAAGUGGUCACGGCUGGUGACCCCUGAGAUGUAUGGGUUUGAUCCGUCGAUCUACGAUAGAAUGCGGUAUUGGUUCCAUGACGAGGCAUUGGAGUCCCUGGGCAAUGUUGUUUGGAGCACCAAUAGGCAACUGGAAAAGCAGCCAGAGAUCGAUAACGAGUGGAUGGCGGAGAUAGCGAUGGGUGGGAGACCGUGUGUUGUGUUUGAGGACCGUGGAGGGCUGGAGUUUGUGCGGGCGCGUGUCGCGUGCCUGUCGCUAUUGUCUGGGUUCUUGGGGUGCGCAUUGCAGUGGAGGCGGCUGCGGGGCGGCGAGUAUCAGUCUGCUGAAGAAUAUGAUGGCCGUCGCGUUGGCAUGCGCGGGUUUGAGGAUGCCGCCAAUGGUGCUAAUAGUGCUGCUCGCGAGAGUAUCUUUGACCAGGCGGAGGAGACCGGCGGCAGCGGCGGCGGCGGCGGCGGCGGCAGCGGCUUGGGCAUGGGCAUGGGCUUGCUGAUGUCUUCGAGCAUGCUGCUGCCGCCGCAGCCGCAGCCGCAGCCAGCAACUGGAUCUGGCGAUGCACUCUUGGGGGAGGAAUUCUCGGAACCCAGGGAGCCCGAGGAGGAUGUGGCCAAGGCGCAUCGCGAAACCAUCUUCAGAAAGGCGCAGCUGCUCGCAGAGCAUGCAGCCACAGGCGUAAGGCCUGGCAUUCAGGCCGCCGGCAGCAGUGGCAGCGGCGGCGGCAGCACCCGCGGCAGCCAGGGUCCCAACAAGGUGCAGCACAUCGACAGCGAUGCCGAUUACAUAUCGGACGACGACGACGAGCGGUCGGAGAUCAGUGAUGAUUUCAUCAAUGUCGAAGCGGCACACGGCACAUCGGUUGCUGGCGAUGCCAGCCCAGCGACAGCCACAGAAGCAGAUGGACGCGGCUUGGAUGUCGGCGAGGCUGAGCAGAACGAGUACGCGCUGUUUAUCGAGAAGCUGCGCGGGCCUGCCAACGGCUCGACGAACCGGGGCGCGUCCUACGAGGCCAUGCGCUCGGAGCUCGAGGGCGAGAUGCAGUCGUUGCGGGCGCGGGUGCGCAACAGCACGCGGGACGCGUCGGGGAUCGGCGCCGACAUGGUUGAGGACAUCCGCAUGCUCCUGACGCUGUUUGGAAUCCCCUAUGUCACGGCGCCCAUGGAGGCCGAGUCGCAGUGCGCUGCGCUGGUUAGCGCCGGGUUGGUCGAUGGAAUGGUCACGGACGACUCGGAUGCGUUUGUGUUCUCGUCCUGCGAGUCGACGGUUGUCUACCGGCACUUUUUCCAGAAGGACCGCUUUGUCGAAAUGUACUCGAGCAAGGCCAUCUACGCGGACUCGAACCUGGCGCAGCGCGACCUUGUGUUCCUGGCCUACCUUCUCGGCAGCGACUAUACUGUGGGAAUCCGGGGCAUCGGCCCUGUGCUGGCCAUGGAGGCUCUGGCGGAGUUUGGCCCGGCAGCCGCUGCUGGUGCUGGCGGUGGUGCCAGUGCUGGUGCUGGCGGUGGUGCCAGUGCUGGUGCUGGCGGUGCCGCUUCUGGUGCCGCUUCUGGUGCCGCUUCUCUUCUGGUGCCGCUUCUGGUGCCGCUGGUGCCGCUUCUGGCGCAGGUGCUGGAUGCGCUGCGGGCGUUUGGCCAGUGGUGCCGGGCGGUCAGCGACGUGGUGCCGGGCAUCGAGGUGCCCAGAGACUUGGUCGGGACGCCGCUGCGGCGCAGGCUCGCACAGGUGGUGCGCAAGACAAGCAUCCCGGCGUCGUUCCCCGACGCGCGCGUCGCGCAUGCGUACUUCCACCCGCAGGUCGACGAAUCCCCCGAGGCGGCGUUCGCCUGGGGAUUCCCCAAGCUCGACCUGCUGCGCCAGUUCCUUGGCGAGAAGCUCGGGUGGGCGGCCGAGAAGACCAAUGAGACGCUGCUGCCGCUUGUGCGCAGGAUGGCCGAGGACAAGGAUGCCGGCGCUCGGGGCCCAAUGGGUGCCGCGGGCUUUGGGCUGGGCGGGGCAGCUGCGCCAGCGUCGCACCACAGCAGGCGUGUGGGCAGGGCCAUUUCGUCGCAUCGUAGCCACGCGGCCAAGAGAACGCCCGAUGCACCAAGCACACAGCCAAGGGACGCUGCGAAAACGCCGCUGGCAUCACGCCGCUCUCUGAUUUAAAUAAAUGCUUUGAC